ACAUUUAUUUCUACUCCAUCGCAUGAGUUGAGAAAUAAAGUGCUAAGAUAUAUUGCGAUGAAUUUAGUGGGCGUGGAACAUCUGAGACCAUUCAUUGGAUGGUGAAAGUUGAGAAAUAAAAUGAAAAUUUGAUAUGAUUUUAUUAUAAAAGUACCAAAAGAAAGGAUUUGAAGUUCCUUUGUAAUAAUAAAAGUGUAACAGACUAAAUUUAUGCUAAAAAUGUUCUCGGAAUAGCCUGAGUGUAUACAAAUAUUCAAAAAUUAUAAACAAUAUUUAUAAUUUUUAAGCUAGAAUCGUGUUUAAAUCUUCCGUGAAAUAAUUCUGGUUUAGUAUAAUAAAAAGGAAUGUGAUUAAUGAAAAAAUUAAAAGGAAAAUAGUGUAAACAAUUACCAUUGCCAUCAUGAGCAUUAGGAGUGAGGCCCUGCAGACCGCAGACAUCAGUGACGCCGCCAGCUACGAGAGCGACUCAGACACCUGCUCCGAGGCCACCCUGAGGGGCACCGCGUCCACAGGUAAUGUUUCUCACCGCCAGAGGGAGGGCUGGCAUCGUGACGAACGUCAUUCUGAUGACAGAUUUGCUGGCAGUUUAGAUGAAGGAUUACCAUCCACAGAUCCGAUAUCCACGAAAUUCAAUCCACGAAGUCGUGAUAGCAUAGACACCGAAGAAGCCGGAUGUGUUAAACAUCUAAAAGAUCUCCUAAUACGUCUUUCACCGAUGAUCAGUAUGGCUGGAACCAGCGACAACACCGCAGAGAUGCUCAUGUUUCUCUCGGACACAGAUCCCAAGUUCCACACCCUGCAGCUCGUGAAGGCCAUGAGAGCUGGCGCAAGAACCUCACUCGAGACCACAGUUGAUCGACUUGUUCAUGAAUACCUGGAGACUGCUGGAGAUAAAAUCAAACAGGAGAACCCAGUUGUGACAGUCUUGAAUAACUUAUUUCAAAAUGAUGAAUUUCAAACCUACUUGGAAUCGUUUCAAAACACGCUCUUUAGUUCUUCAGAUUAUUUACAUCAACAUUUCGAAAGAGAAAUGUCAUCCGUGAUGCACGAGUUUUAUUUGGGUUCAAACAGAAAUUGGGAGCACGGUCAAGAGCUCUCAAGCAACGUGUCUUCAUUGAAUUCUUCUUUAAACCAGUCUGGUUUCUUGUUUCUGACAUCGAAACAGUACGACAAUAUUGCGGCCACGCUCGUCCACAAACAGCUCAUGGGCAAGUGGUCGGAGUGUUUGAAUCAGCUUCUUUCGGUGACUCCAGGAGAGCCAGUCCUACAACAAUCAUGGUUUGACCUCAAGAAAGGCCUCAAACAGUGUCUGUUCUUGCCACUAGCCACCGAAAAUUCAGAACAGAACGAUAUUUUCGACAAAGCGCUCAAAAUGCACUCAAAGUUGCUAGCGUCACAGACUCAACUGGCGAUCACUGAAGCAAAUACCAACCUUAUUGAAGCUGCUUCAGAGUUUUGGCUUAGCAAGAAGCUAUCCACUUACCUCACAAGUACUUCAAGCAUGAAACUGGUGCAAUGUUGUCCUCUGAUCCGCAUCAUCAAGUUGCUUCUGUACUUCCAAGCCGACCUGCCAUUGCUUUGGAUUCGCUAUCCACAACAUGUUACUGUUACUCUUAUAGAACGAUGGCUAGAUUUUCUUGCUGAAAAAACGGGAGGAGGAAAGUUUUUAUCCAGCAAAGAUUUAGUUUCUAUUUUGGAUCCAGAAGCCUCAUGGCUGAAGCAGUGGUUACAUCCUCGCUAUGGGAGAACAAAGGUUCUGGCAGCAAUUUCUCGGUCUCCAGUUCUACUAACAGAAGCCCUACAGGUUUGUUUAAACUUCAUCUCGACCGAAAAUAAUCAAAGCCAAGAAAAAACCAACGAAGAGGAGUCUUCAGGUCUUUCGCAAGAAGAAUUUGCGCAGGUGCAAUUUUUGUACAGCGUAUCAAUGAUCUUGGAAUUUGUCAAGUAUGAAGAAGGCCGUCAGUUGUUCCCGAUUGCCAUCACAGCCGAAGGCGAGCCAAUUUCUGUUUCGAUUUUGCUCAAGAUUUUAUUCACUUACGAAGGACGAGGGAAUGACCGGAAUUUAUCUAAUUGCGUCCGGCGGAAACUCAGGGACGUCAGUGCGUCAAGUGAGUUAUUUGUUCGUCAGAUUUGCAAAGCAGGACUGGUUCAUCACUAUGUACAUGAACUCACUACCAAACGGCUGUCAAUGGACAGAGAUGCUCUAAAUAUCCUCAUCAGCACACUGCAGGUCAUUGUUAGCACUGGUAAAGGAAUCAGGUACAUUUUGUUGGGAACCUUUGACAAAACUUCGCUACAUUUAUCGCCUAAUGAAUUCUGCAAUGAAGUUCUGAAUCUGUUUGGAAGACUCCUUGUUGAAGAGCACCAGAUGAGCCUAAACUAUUCCCGAGUGUUCGAGAUGACUACAGCUUUGAUCAACUCGCAAGAAGGACGCUACCUUUACGCCAGCCAUCAAACAUUUAGACAAGCUUUGACUAAUCUAACGAGCUUGUAUCAUAGGAGUCUUUUGGGCCUCUUGGAAGCGGUGGCUGACGGGUCCAUCUCAGUGGAACACCGCCAAAGUCUCCUGCGCCAAACGGCAGCCGCAGCUCUGGCCAAAUCCCACCACUCAGCGUCGAGCGUCCACUCGUGGGAGCCUCCGCCGGCGGUGGACUGGAGGGAGAGGGAUGUCGUGGCCGUGGAUGCACACCACAAUUCGGCGCUGCCAGCCGAAGUAGUCGCCAUCCUCACGGCUACUCCGCAUGGCAUGACGGCGCUGCGCAGCGUCGUGGAGGAAGACAAUUCUUUGCUGUGGCUGCAGCAGCAGCAACAGCAGCAGCUGCCACUGGCGCUCUUCGCUCUUACAGCUCACACAGCAGGCGUGGAGCUGCUGCUGGAGCACGGCGUGCGGUACCUUGCGGGUGCCCUCUUCAGCUGGCAGAAGAUCGACCAGAGAGAAGCAGCGCUCACUCUCGUCGCUGCCGCUGGAAGCGCCCUUGACUCCAGGCUCAUGCUUCAGGACAAGCUCGGUUACAGGGAGGAGCUGAGCCGGCAACUGACGGAGGAGUUCGAGGAAGGCCCUGUGCUGGACGAGAGCUACGUCCUGCGUGCACACCUUCUACAGCGUGCCGCUCAUCUGGGCACAGAGGGCCGCCCUCUCUACGUCCUCCCGCCCCACCGCAACACCAUGCUUGAUGAGUUGCAGGCAUCUGAGAGGGUCGGCGUGCACGGAGGUGCUCGGCGCAACCUGCUGCAGCAGUCCGGACUGUGGCAGUUCCUGCAGAACACACGCGUGUCCCUGCACGACCACGCGUGGCUCAGACACUGCAAGAGGCACUUCCAAGCCGCCCUAGUCUCAUCCGACAACAUAAAGAACAGCCACGUUUUCAACAUACUGGAGUGGGCGCUCGAGGCGCACGGCAGUUUACAGUCCCAAGCUUCGCCGGACGUGAUCAAGUCCCCACACGCGUCCCCGUCCCCAGAGUCUUCACCCAGGCCUACGAAGGUGUUUGUUUUCCCCGACGCCUCCCCAGCACAAGACGUGACAUCGCCCCACCACUCAGCGAUGAAGGAGUCCGUCAUGGCGGCCGCGCUGGAGCUUGCGAGGAGGUACAGCAGCCAGCUGGAGAUGGUGACGCCAGGCAGAUGGUCGUCCGAGAAGCUGCUGCAGCUGGUGACAGCGAUGAGGCACCUGACGGGAGCACAACAGCGCACGGUCGACUGGCUCACCAUCGUCCUCUACAUCCUGGCCGACGCCAACGCAGACAAGGCCAGGGCGUUCCUGACGAGGCUGCCCACGACGCCCGCAGGCCCCGCGUUGUGGCCUCUCCUGGGCUCCUCUGGCCUCGUCGUGAGGCUCGCCAAGUUGCUCCUCUCGCAGCACCAGCCCGCCACCUUCACCGCUCUACAAGUGUACAGCAGCGGGUGCAUCUGGAACAUAACGAAGUCGUGGUUAGACGCGUGCUGGGUGGGCGUGAUGUCGUGGGGUGAGGUGUGCAACUGGGUGGUGGCAGUGGUGCUGCUGGGUGCCGACUACGCCGUCUACAUCACCAUGGCGGUACUCAAACACAGGCUACGACAGCUCUACCGACACCUCAACCAACUGCACACUCCCACUGACAGGCUCUUAUUCCUCCAGACCGAGGCGCUGGACAACUGGCACCUGAGGGAGCACCUGGCCNUAUGCUAUGAGGAACAAUCGCAGUAA